UUCAGGCACAGCGUUGACCCAUUCUGUCACAGCUCAGUGCACACUUUGCACCCAACAAUACUCCUGCAGCCUGCUGCACACAUGGAGCCGUCGAUGAAGCCUAAGUGAAAGCUGAAGCAUGGCUCGUCGCGUCGCAGUGAUCGGCGGAGGCAGCUCAGGUCUGGCCUGCAUCAAGUGCUGCCUGGAUGAAGGGCUGGAGCCCGUCUGCUUCGAAAGCAGCGACGACAUCGGCGGCUUGUGGAGGUUUAAGGAGAACCCAGAACCAGACAGGGCCAGUAUCUACCACUCUGUCAUCAUCAACACCUCCAAGGAGAUAAUGUGUUACAGUGACUUUCCCAUUCCUGCACACUUCCCAAACUACAUGCACAACUCCCUGAUCAUGGACUACUUUCGGAUGUAUGCUGAGCGCUUCCAGCUGAGCAAGCACGUACGCUUAAAUACCAAAGUGUUGCAGGUGAAGCAGAGAUCAGAUUUCUCUCACUCCGGCCAGUGGGAUGUUGAAACAGAGAACAAGGCCGGAAGAAAGGAGAGACACAUUUUUGAUGCUGUGAUGAUCUGCAUUGGACAUCACUGUCACCCACACCUGCCUCUGCAUGACUUCCCAGGCAUUGACACAUUCACGGGGAAGCAUUUCCACAGUCGAGACUACAAGACUCCAGAGGAGUGGAGGAAUAAAAAGGCUGUAGUGAUCGGAAUAGGAAACUCUGGAGGCGACAUCGCAGUGGAGCUGAGCAGAGUCACCAAACAGGUAUAUCUAAGCACACGAAGAGGGUCCUGGAUUCUAAACAGAGUCUCUGACAAUGGUCUUCCUCUUGAUAUGAAUUACAGCAGGUUUCAGAUUUCCCUACAACACAUUCUUCCCUUUGAGUUAAUCUGUGGCAUUGCAGAGAAACAGCUCAACCAGAGAUUUGAUCACAGUCUGUACAACCUGAAGCCAAAGCACAGGUUGUUCAGUCAACAUCCCACAGUGAACGAUGAGCUGCCCAACCGGAUCCUCUCUGGAACCGUUCAAGUGAAACCCAACAUUCGCAGAUUUCAGGGAUCCACUGUGGAAUUUGAUGAUGGAAGCAAAGUGGAGGAUGUUGACCUGGUGGUAUUUGCUACAGGAUACAGGUUUUCCUUUCCUUUCCUGACCUCCAACGUGGUUUCAGUGUCUGAGAACAAAACAGAUGUGUACAAGUACGUGUUUCCUCCUGAACUGGACCGGCCCACGCUUGCCAUUAUUGGACUGGUGCAGCCACUGGGAGCCAUCAUGCCCAUCUCUGAGAUGCAAGCCAGAUGGGCCACACGGGUCUUUAAAGGGUGCAUCAAACUUCCCUCAGCCGCCGCCAUGUUGAAGGACAUUCGCUACAAGCAGGAGACAAUGGCUAAAAGGUACGUCGCCAGUCAGAGACACACCAUCCAGGUGGACUUCGUCAGCUACAUGGAUGAGAUAGCAGAACUAGUGGGGGUUCGACCAAACAUCCCAAGACUGCUGCUGUCUGAUCCCAGGCUGGGCCUCAACGUGCUGUUCGGUCCCUGCACCCCAUAUCAGUACCGUCUGAGAGGGCCGGGGAAGUGGGCUGGGGCCCGUGAGGCCAUCCUCACUCAGUGGGAGAGGGUGGUUCAACCCAUGCAGACCAGGCCCUGUGACGAGCCCAAACCCAAGAGAUCCUUCACGUGGCUUCUGCUUCUGUCAGCUGCUUGUGUGGGUUUGGCUGCAUACGUUUACAGGAACAACCCACCAGGCUUCUUACAAGAUCCCACUGCACUGUUAAACAAGAUCAAACUGUACCUGCCUGGACAGUGAUGAGCAGCUCAUACUGAAUGUUCUUCGGCUUUAGUCAUUCUUUUAACAAUUGUAUCUGUGAUUGUGUUAUUUUUACAUGACAGCUCCAGGUCAAUUUCAAGAAGGGAGUAAACGAAUUCCAUCAGCUAAGACUGAAGUCGAACAUGAAUGAGUUGUUGUGAUGUGUCAGAUCAUUUCUCUUGUGGUUUAUGUAACUAAUAUUGAUUGUUGUGUUUGUGUUGGUAACCCAACUAGGAUUUCUGUGAGGUUAAGUGUAUGUUCACUCUACAACAGGAAAAUGGCCUUUCAAAUUAAAAUGCAACAUUGGACAAUAGGAAUAGUUCAAAAUAAUUUGCUGGUCAAUACACACUAUAGUAAGUUUUAAUCAUGGUUUUAAACACUAGCUGGUGUUUUAUUAGGUAAAAGGAUGUUAUUCAGGAUGAUGCCUGAUUUGUGUGACUCUGGUGUGGGAUGUCUAACUUCUUAAUUAGAUUAAUAUUGCGUAAUCGUCUGACUUAAUCUACAGACGUGUAAAAUGCACAUUUACAUUAUGUUUAGAUUUAGAUAAUACAUUUGUUAUCAUUCAGUUGUCUGUGAUUCUCAAAGUUAAGAUUGACAUACUAUGUCCCAU